AUGGUCCUACGACAGCUACAGCUCCCGCGGUCCCUGACGGCGCGCACCAUAGCUGCAGCAUGGCGUCCUGUUCUGCGAGGACAGGGACGAGGACCGCGUAGCCUGCGAGCUCGCUUCUCGACCACCACCCGGCGAUGGAGUAGCAGCGACAAGACCGACACCCAACAAGUAUCGCCGCCGCCACCACAACGGCAACAACGACAGGCAAGGGACGAGGAGGGGCCAGAAAAGCCGCAGGAGAAAUCACUCUUUGCCAGACUCUUCCCAGACGAGGCCAAGCAACGGGCUGCCGCGUCCUCCCAAGUCCAGCGCAGCAGCACCUGGGCCUCGCAGCUGCGCUCGCCCCUGGGCCCUGCCGAACCCGGCAGCGCCGAAGCGGCGGCGGCCGACGAGGCCCUCCGCCACGCGCCACGGCAGAUCACGUACGUGGACGUGGAUGCGGACCGCGACCGGGACACGAGCGCCAUGGUCGUGCUGGGCGCGGCGUCCAAGCACCUGAACGAGUCGGACUUCUACCGGGUCGGGGCCGCGCAGUCGCGGCACGUCGCCGGCUGGGUCGCGGGCCUGAGGCGCGUGGUGCCGGCGCGCGACCCGCACACGCUCGACCCGCUGGGCCACUACUACGUGCUGUUCGACAGCCGGGCCGCCGCCGCCGCCUGGUGCGAGGAGGCCCGCCGCCUCUGGGCCCUGGCCAAGCAGACCACGCCCGGGGUGGGCCGGCGGCCCGGCUCCCAGUAUCGCGGGGUGCUGCCCCAGGGCGACGCCACCCGCCGCGACGCCGAGUCCUUCACGCUCGUCAGCCCGGCCGGCCGCUGGGACCUCGAGAUCGUCGACGCCUACACGCAGGUCCAGCGGGUGCUGGAGCGCUCGGGCGACAUCGUCGACAAGCUGCGCCGGCGCGCCGGCUCGCGCUUCCUCGUGCUCGUGGUCGUGGACGGCGGGCGCAUGAGCGUCGACAUGCUGCGCGCGGCCAUCCGGGAGGACGGCGCCGAGCGGAACCUGGCGUGGCGGGUCAUGAACCUCGAGGGCGACGGCAGGAGCGGCGAGCACGGGCAGGGCGGCAUCUUCCCGUUCGGCAGGAGCGGGCUCAAAUCGGCGGACAAGCUCGGAAUCGAGCAGGCCUUGCAGGAGCAGGCCAUGCGCACCAUGUCAGGGCCUGCUGGGAAGGACGAGGGCGAGGUGGAGGAACAAGACAUCGAGGAGCAGCGGGAGGACGGUGCGGACGCCGCGAUGGCCCAGGACCCGUGGACGGUGGUGCCUGGCAUGGAGGAGCAGAGAUCUUACCCGCGGUUCAUCGUCCCGUUCCUGGAUGAGGCCGAGGCCAGGCGCUUUGUGCGGAACUGGCACCGUCGGCAACUGACCCUCAGGAUGGGCCAGCCCGGUGUCGAUGCCGUGGAGUGGGAGGAGAGCCGGACCCUAAAUGUAUCAUACCUGUGGUAA